AGUUAUACCAGUUUCUUGCAAGGGUGCAGACAACUUGAUUUUACCAAGUAAGUAACGAAUUAGUUGCAGUGUGAGUUUCUCAACUUUGCUCGCCAGGCUUUGAGUUUGUUCAUCAAUACUGGGCGGUGCCAACUUUCAAAACGUUUGGUGAGAUUGAAGCUGAGGCAUGGACGUUAAACGAUACCUGUCACGGAUUCGUUACCAUGGCGACACCCGCCCUACCCUGGAGAACCUUCGCGCCAUCCACCUGGCGCACAUGCUGGCCGUUCCUUUCGAGAACCUCAGCAUCCACUGUGGAGAUGAGAUCGUCCUUGAUCUUCAGCUUAUCUACAACAAGAUUGUCGUGAAGAGGCGAGGAGGGCUCUGUUACGAGCUGAAUGGUCUGUUCUCCUGGCUACUGAAGCAGCUUGGUUUUAGUUCUAAGAUCGUAUCGGCGCAGGGUUAUCGCCCACUGUUAGAGGUAUACGGGCGGGAGAUGGGGCAUUGCCUAAACGUGGUGAGCAUCGGUGGAGAGGAUUGGGUCGCUGACGUGGGGAACAUGUGUUUGUUUCGUGCGCCCAUCCGUUUGACAGAGGACCAGGAGCACACUGACGUUACCGGGACAUACAGGCUUCGAUUAGAGGGAGACAUGUGGUUCCUGCAGCGACUCAAGAGGAGCGCUAGCGCAACCAAACUGGAGAAUGCUUGCUAUAAAUUUAAAGCGGCGCCUGGCGGAACACAGGGAAACGACAUGGCAAGUUCGAGGCAAUGGGUGACUAAGUACAAGUUUACCUUACAAGAACGUGAGCUGCAAGACUUUGGCAAGGCAUGCAACUGGACACAACAGUUUCAUCAUGUCUUCUCUGUGCAACCUGUAUGCGUGCUCCACCUAGCGGAUGGUCUCAUAACCUGCAUGGGCAGGGAGCUCACCACCGCACGAUACGGCAUCCGCGUUACUAUGGCAACCAGGAGGUUGGAGAGUGACGAUGACAUCCUGAAGGUUCUGCGGGACACAUUUGGAGUCAAACUGGACAAACAUCUUGUAAUCAAAGACUGACUGCAAAACGAUAGUAAAGAGACUCUUUUUUUUACACAACCAAGUCUUUUAUUCAGCCGACGUUUCGGUGACCGUCUGUCACCUUCCUCUGGGUAUUUCUGACUGGUUCCCUGAUACAGUUCCCUAUGGCCACGCAUAUGUGUAGAUAUGCAAAUAUCGUACGUUUGAGAAUGCAUCUAUAGCAGCGACACCUGUGCUGCAGUACAAUGUGAACCAGUCAGAAUUGCAAUGAGGAGGGUGACAGACGGACUUGUUAGUGUAAAAAUUGUCUCUCUACUCCGUGUCUUACCAACCUGACGAUAUAACUAGUAGCUAAGAACUGUGCAAAUGUAAUGGGUUAGAUACAACAAAGCUUCUUCUUUCUCUCUGGUGAUGUAAUGAUUAUGUUUCUUUUGGGUCUACUUUUAGUCCACCUUACUUGCAUCUUCACUCAAUUUGUGAUGUAAUUAUUGUGUUUUAUUUGUAGCCUACUGAGUUAACUC